AUGAGGAUUCCACAGGGAGCAAUGAAAGGGUUCCGGUGUGCUCCAAAUGUACGGUUGGUGGUAGCGCCAUCGUGUAGUGCGAUUGUUUCGGCACUUCGGUGCCUCACACAGUCUCCCCAUCUUUGGUGUUCUCGCUGUUCAACUGGGCUUAAGGGUGACAAGAGCAAAUUCCCAGAUGCAUCUACAGCACUGAUACGAAACAUCGGGAUAGUUGCACACAUCGAUGCCGGAAAGACAACAACCACUGAACGUAUGCUUUUUUACGCCGGAGCUGUGAAACGUGUGGGUGAUGUGGAUAGUGGUACCACCACAAUGGAUUUUAUGAAAGAGGAGAUGGACCGUGGAAUAACCAUUCAGUCAGCGGCUGUGUCUUUUCAGUGGCGUGGUCACAGCAUCCAUCUUAUUGACACCCCUGGUCAUGUGGACUUUACAGUGGAAGUGGAGCGAGCCAUGCGUGUUGUGGAUGGUGUGGUUGCUCUUUUCGAUGCGUCCGCUGGUGUUCAGGCCCAGAGUUAUACGGUUCUUCGGCAGAGUAAGAAGUUUGGUGUACCUGUCAUAGCUUUCUUGAACAAGAUGGACAAGUACAACGCUGAUUUUACAAAGUGCGUCAACUCGAUUCGAAAAAAGUUGGAAAUGGAACCUCUGUUACUUCAGCUUCCGCUGAGUCGGGAGGAUGGAAGCUUUGACGGGGUAGUUGAUGUUGUGGAGCUGAAGAGCUAUCGGUUUAGUGGUGACCACGGCUCAAACGUCAUCGUCGGUGAUCUACGAGCGCAUCGGAGCGAACCACCUCACGUUGUUGAAGCGGCCCGCGACGCCCGGCACGCCCUCCUCUCCACGUUAACCAGCGUAGACGACUCACUCGCAGACGCGGUUAUCGCAGCGCUUGACGAAACUGGCGGUGACGAACAAAGAGCGGAGGACGCCAUACCAUGUGAUGUACUGCGUGCGGCCAUACGGAGGCAGACACUCCGGCAGAACAACUCACCCCGUCCGGUAAUCCCCGUGCUAUGUGGUGCAUCGCGGCGUGACCAGGGGGUGCAGCCGGUUCUUGAUGCUAUCACAUAUUACUUACCUUCUCCGCAAGAUCGUGUGCUCUACGGCUACACGAAGGAUGGGGAAUUGGUGCAACUGCCACCGGCAACAACCGCACCGUACGCUCCGUUCUUCGCACUCGCGUUCAAAGUUAUCCACACAAUGGGGCCCAAAGGUCAGCGGCAACCUUUAGUUUUUUUUCGUGUUUACAGUGGCCGAAUAACAGCGCGAACGACACUUGUGAAUAACAGCUCCAACAGUCACGAGAAUAUCGAAAAGCUUUAUGUCAUGCACGCAGAUCAUCAGGUUGAGGUUCCUCAUCUCGCCGCCGGGCACAUUGGUGCUGCUUUCAUGCGGAACACCAAAACCGGGGCAACACUCUAUCGUGAACCGCAACACGCUCAAUCUGUAGUUGCAGGCUGUGGUAAGGAGGUUUUUACGCUUGAAGGUAUUGAUGCCCCAUCACCAGUUAUCUCCUUUUCUAUUGAGGCCGCAUCCAAGCACCAAAUUUCCCUCCUGGAGGAGACACUGCAAGAGCUUAGCUUCGAGGACCCGAGUUUGCGGGUCAGCAGGAACAAUUUCGGGCAAAUAGUUAUCAGUGGUAUGGGUGAACUUCACCUGGAAAUUGUUAUGUCCAGAUUGGAGCAUUCGUACGGCCUGAAGUGCCGUCUGCUCCGUGCUAUUAUCGAAUAUCGGGAGGUAGUGCGCGAGCCGGUUGAGCUCAAGAAUGUUAUUGUAACAAAUAACGAAGUUCCAUACAUUGAGUGCUCACUUAGGUUGCAGCCACUAUUAGAUGAUGAGGGUGUCUGUGGCCCCAGUGAAGUGUGCUCAUUCAUUGUGGACGAAGCAUUUGCAGGAAGUUUUUUAUCAUCCUCCGCGAACGAGGGGGGCGGUGACCGACGCCGCCGCAUGGAUGACUGUCGGCGCAAUGCUGUGGAAGAGCUGCGACUGAUAACUGAGGUAUUUAACAAAGCCUUGAGUGAAUGCUUCCUCCUGGGGCCACUUGCCGGCCUCCCGCUUCACGGCGUCCGAGUGGUGUUGACGGGGUUCAGGAGGGUGGCUGCAACACAACUAACAGAUCGGCCGCUUGCACAGGCCGCGCGUUCACUUUUACUUCAGCUCCUUCAGGCGGCACCGAAGACGACUUUGGCUGCGCUUGAACCUAUGAUGGAGGUGGAGGUGCACCUAUCUGAACCCACGUACAUUGGCGAGGUAGUGAGCUCCUUGAAUGAGCGCAAGGCGGUUACCGUGGAUAUCCAGGAGGACGGAAAAUCGGUAAGUGCAAUCUUACCAAUGCGGAACAUCGUUCGUUAUACGAUGGAACUGCGGAAGGCUGUGAAGGGACACGCCAACCUUUACGUCCGUUUGCAUCAUUACCGUACUAUUGAGGACAAGGCUGUCCUUUCGAGGAUCAUGAAGAACUUAGGUAUAUACGACAGUUAA